GCGCCUUUACGAGAUCGCUACCUUCGGCCGCACCUACCCCGUCCACGCCCUCGUCGGCACGAGGCUCCGCGCGCAGCCCUCUAAGGCGGUGCGGCGCCAGCUCUGUGGGGAUCACGAGUACCUGCACUUCGGCUACGGACGGGGCCCCUUCACUAAUCGUUCGGCGGGCGUCAGCAUCGGCCUGAGGAGGCGGGACUUGGCGUCGAAGGUUCAUCGCGUGGUGCGUGGGCCUGCCGCUGCUGCGGGCCGCGCUGGGCUCGCUCGUGUCACCUCCGGCUCGGUGGAGCUCGCGACUAUUGUGCUGUACUUCCUUCCUCCUGGCCCUCGUGGUGCUCAGGCCUCGUGGAGGCGCACGGUUGACGUGUUCAUCGAGUGGCUGAGCUUGCAGCUCGACGCCGCGCCCGAGAGAACGACGCCCAUCAUUUUCGCCGACUUGAACGACUCGUUCGCGGAUCGGAUGGGGUACGCGGCUCGGUGCUUGCGCGAGCUGAUGCAUAGGCAUUUCUUGGGCUGUGCCACUACCUUCCACAAGCUGGCGCCGUCCUUCUACGGCGAGAAGAGUGCCUCUUGGAUCGCCCACUUCGUGGUCCCGCAGGGCGCCCUGUCGUGCAUCCAGAAGCUAGCCACCAUGACGACGGCUGCGCGAUCGUACCAACCCUUUCCGAGCAAGGGCUCGCUGCGGGAUCGCGCGCCCGUCUUGCUCGAGGUCGAGGCGGGGGUGCCGAGCUUGCAGAACGGCCUUGCGGCCAUGGCGUGGAACUUCGACGUCAUCGCGAUGGCGCUGCAGACGCCUGGCUUCAGAGAGGAUUCCUUGUCUGAGCUGAACGCUGCCAUGAAGUGGCGCGCCCCUGCCUUUCUCGGGCUUUCCGAGGCCGAUCGCAUCGACGAGGGCUACGACGCACUGGUCUCGAUCAUGAUGCC